ACCAUAUUGUGGAACAAGAGGUUAUAUAGAAUGUCAGCAGCAGCCUAAUACAGAUUUGUCUUGCCUGAGAAGCUCCUUGUUCCUGAAUCUUCCAGCAACGGUUGCUACAUUGUCAGAUGUUCUAUGUGCAUAUUAUAAAUGCAAGGAUACAGAGAAAAAAAACGAACUUUUCCAAGCUGUUCAAAAACUUGUAACUUUUAAUGACUGCACCAUUGGAAAAGUUUUUGGAAGAGAUGCCAAUAUAGAAGAUCUACUGGUGAAUGGAAAUGAAUCACUUCAGAAUCUGCUAAUGAUGGUCAUGAAAUUACUGAAUGCAGUCAUUUUACCACCAAUCUCGAUUCCACCGUGUGUAUCUCAAAAUUUAGCCAAAAGCCAAAAUCUCCAAGAUGAUAUAACAGUAAAAAAUUUAAGACUACUAUCAAAACUCGGAGAUUCAACCUCAAGAAUUGGGGAUGCUACCUCUGGACUUGGUGGAGUGACAUCAGGACUAAUAGAGACAGGGCUUGGAGGAGUUACACCAGAAUUUAGCAAAAUAGAAUCAGAGCUGGGUAAAUUAACAUCAGUGUUUGACAGAGUAAUAUCAGGCCCUAAGGAUUUGAAAUCAGGAGUUGGGGGGAUGGAAUCAGAGCUUAGUGACCUGCAAUCAAAAAUAGGAGAAGUGAUGUCAGGUCUUGCAGAAACUGUCUCUGGGCUCAGAGCCAUGACAUCAGAACUAGGGGAUGUGACAUCUGGGUGUGGUAAAGUGUCAUGUGGCUCAAUGGAACUGGAGACAAAACUUGGAAGACUUACAUCAUUGUUAGGGCUAACAGAAAAAAUUGUUGCAGGGCUUGGCACAAACACUGAAAGUGCUCUGGGAAUAAAUUGCUUAAAUAAUGGGGAGAUAAGAGGUAAAAUUGAUGAUGGAGGACUUUCUGUAAUAGCUAAUGCAAAUCUCCUCAAAGGAAUUCUGCCUAAUACAAUAACAAAAGGAGCAUCUGGAGGAAGCACAGGAUUGGUGGGUUUGCUGAAUACAGUUGGUGGAAUUGCCAAUAGUGUUCUAAAUGGAGUUAAUGGUGGGAACCCAUUAACUGGGGGAACAUCUGGAGGAAGUUCAGGAUUGGGAGGUUUGUUGAAUACUGUUGGUGGAACUGCCAGUGAUGUUCUUAAUGGAGUUAUUGGUGGAAAUACCAUUACUGGAGGAACAUCUGGAGGAAGUGCAGGAGUAGGAAAUCUGCUAAAUACUGCAGUGGGGACUGCUUCAGGAUUGGGGGGUUUGUUGAAUACUGUUGGUGGAACUGCCAGUGAUGUUCUUAAUGGAGUUAUUGGUGGAAAUACCAUUACUGGAGGAAGUGCAGAAGUGGGAAAUCUGCUAAAUACUGCAGUGGGGACUGCUUCAGGAUUGGGAGGUUUGUUGAAUACUGUUGGUGGAAUUGCCAGUAAUGUUCUUAAUGGAGUUAUUGGUGGAAAUACCAUAACUGAAGGAACAUCUGGAGGAAGUGUAGGAGUGGGAAAUCUGCUAAAUACUGCAGUGGGGACUGCCAAUAGUGUUCUUAAUGGAGGUAUUGGUGGGAGCCCAUUAACUGGGGGAAUAUCUGGAGGAAGUUCAGGAUUGGGAGGUUUGUUGAAUACUGUUGGUGGAAUUGCCAGUAAUGUUCUUAAUGGAGUUAUUGGUGGAAAUACCAUAACUGAAGGAACAUCUGGAGGAAGUGCAGGAGUGGGAAAUCUGCUAAAUUCUGCAGUGGGGACUGCCAAUAGUGUUCUUAAUGGAGGAAUUGGUGGGAACCCAUUAACUGGGGGAAUAUCUGGAGUAAGCACAGGAUUGGCAGGUUUACCAAAUACUGCUGUUGGAACUGCCAAUAGUGUUCUUGGUGGGGAUACCCUAACUGGGGGAAUAUCUGGAGGAAGCACAGGAUUGGCAGGUUUACCAAAUACUGCUGUUGGAACCGCCAAUAAUGUUCUUGGUGGGGAUACCCUAACUGGGGGAAUAUCUGGAGUAAGCACCGGAUUGGCAGGUUUACCAAAUACUGCUGUUGGAACCGCCAAUAGUGUUCUUGGUGGGAAUACCCUAACUGGGGGAACAUCUGGAGUAAGCACAGGAUUGGCAGGUUUACCAAAUACUGCUGUUGGAAUCGCCAAUAGUGUUCCUGGUGGGAAUACCCUAACUGGGGGAACAUCUGGAGUAAGCACAGGAUUGGCAGGUUUACCAAAUACUGCUGUUGGAACCGCCAAUAGUGUUCCUGGUGGGAAUACCCUAACUGGGGGAACAUCUGGAGUAAGCACAGGAUUGGCAGGUUUACCAAAUACUGCUGAUGGAACCGCCAAUAGUGUUCCUGGUGGGAAUACCCUAACUGGGGGAACAUCUGGAGUAAGCACAGGAUUGGCAGGUUUACCAAAUACUGCUGAUGGAACCGCCAAUAGUGUUCCUGGUGGGAAUACCCUAACUGGGGGAACAUCUGGAGUAAGCACAGGAUUGGCAGGUUUACCAAAUACUGCUGAUGGAACCGCCAAUAGUGUUCCUGGUGGGAAUACCCUAACUGGGGGAACAUCUGGAGGAAGCACAGGAUUGGGAAGUGUAGUAAAUACUGUUCUUGGAACAGCCAAUAGUGUUCUCAGUGGAGUUAAUGGUGGGAAUUCUGUCAACACAUUACCGUUACUUGGACUUUUUGGAAAAAAAUAAAAAUACAUUCUGUCUUGCCUUUAAUUUUAAUUAUUCAUUAAAACUUUGUUACAAUUGUAUUAUAUUUUUGACUUUAUGGGUCAGUAGUUCUACUGAUGACUGGAAAAAAAUAUCUAAAUUAAGUUUAUACAUUAGAAAUGUCAUAGUAAAUUCAGAAUGAUAAAUCUUGGAACUUGAAUCUUAGUAAAUUCUGUCCACUCUAUGAUUUCUAUAUAUCUUAUA